GGUUACAGCAGAUAUGGCACCAGUUAGUUCUCUCCUGGUAUACUAUGUAACUGAAGCCGGAGAACCGGUUAGUGAUGUGGCCAGUUUCCACGUCAGAUUGCUGCACAAGGAAGUGGCAGUUGCAGUAGAAGAAAGACGAUGGUGGUACCCUCGAGCAGCCUUGCAACUGCGAGUUCUAGCACCGCCGGACUCUACUAUGUGUCUGAUCGGCGCCCGCGCACCCCCUGAAGCGCGGUUCGAUCCUCAUCAAUCGACAUCAGAACACGAAGAACAACCGGGCCCAGAGUUCGUCUCGGCAGGUGUCUCGCUAUUUGUCGGAGGUGGCGCUUGCGGAGGUGGAGUCUUGUAUCGACAACGUACAACACCAUCAACUCACGCUCCUGCCCACCUGGUGCCUCCGGCGUCUCAUGACAGGCUUUGGAUGUGGAAAUGCUUUAAUUAUACAAACCAACUAUCCACUGACGGAGUAACAAUAUCAGCACCAUCUGAAGCAGGCCGCUGGUCACUCUGGGCCCUCUCCCUCUCCAACCGUGGUCUUCGCUUCUCAGCCCCGCGUACGAUCAACGUCUUCCGACCUAUACAGCUGGACUUCUCACUCCCUCCUGCGUUGAAGGUCGGAGAAACAGUGGAGGUUGAUGUCAAGAUCACUAAUAACAUCAAUAAUUGUAUGGAUGUGACAGCCCUGUUGGCAUUGAGUGCUGGAGCCGCUUUUGCCAGCACUGGAGCCCUGUACGUCACAGAACGACUUCGGCUGGGGCCUCGUGGUGGCACUCAGCUAGUGGUUCGGGUUGCAGUUAAUACACCUGGAAGAAAGAAUAUUACUGUUGAAGUGACCGGCUAUAGUGCAGAUAACUGCUCAGUGUCGUACACGUCAUUCAACAACGAGACUUUAGUCGGCUCAGUGAUUCGAUCAGCCAGCGUGCUGGUCCUGCCUGAAGGACUGCAUAGGAGCGAUACGCAAAGCGCCUACUUCUGUGCUAAUGAACAUCUAGCGGUGUCGUCUAGAGGAUCCUGGGAGUGGCAAUGGGUGGCAGCUCCUCGCAACCGUGCAGGCCUGGUACUCGAACUGAGAGCAAAAGGUGCAGCCCAUGUGGCGUUGUCUUCCAUAAGAGAACCUUCUGAUGAUAUGUACAGAGUCGUCUUUGAAAGAACCCGAGUUUGGAUUGCUAAAGGAAAACACGGUUACGACGUCCAUCUAGCAAGUGCAGAGCAAACAGAUGACGAAUGCGAGGGUGCGGAUUCGUGGUGCGCAUGGUGGGUCUGGUGGGAAGGUGGCAGACUCUCUGUAGGACGAGGAGCAGCUCCAUCUGAACGGAGACUCUUGGUGUGGCCGUUGGCGAACGAUAUGCGUAUCAAGUAUGUCGGAUUCAGUGCGCUAUGGGGUGAUAAAGCUGAUUUCAGGAUUUGGAACUUCAACGAAGAAGCAGGAUUCUCGCAAGUCUUAGAACUUGGAUUGCCACAUGGUGUUGUCCCAGGCUCUGCAAGUGGCACCCUCCUUGUCUCAGGAGGUCUGCAUCUUCCGCUUUAUAACCAACAAUUAGAUUCUACAGACCAAUGGGCUGAAGUUUGGCGAGACUCGCAACUUUCUGCCGCUUCUGCAAGUCUUGCACCUCUAUUGGCUUUGGAAUUCAUUCCUCAUUUAGUUGAUGAAGGAGAAAGGGAGCGGAUUUUGAAGAAAUUGCCGGAACAGGUUCAAAUACUUCUAUCAUUCCGUAAAUUCGAUAAUUCCUUCAGCGAUCAUCCAGGCAUGAGCAGCCACUUAUCUACUAUUAAAAUACUGGAAAUUCUCACUAAAAUACAGUCUUACUAUCCAAUUGAUCCAGAGCUGUUAUUGUCUAUCAAAAAAUGGAUACAAAACAGACAGAACGACGAUGGAUCUUUUACGCCAUUAGCUGCUGAUAAAGAAGUCGACUAUUACCCAGUAGAAAUACCUAUAAUGAACGGAACAGACAAAGAAGUUGAUGUUAAUGAGUAUUACUAUUAUGACAAAGAUGGCAAUAUGACGGAAGAAGAAAUAGAAUGGGAGAGAAAGGUUGAAGUAACUGCAGAAACCCUAGUUGCGCUACUUGAAGUUGGUGUGGAAAAUAAGAUGGAUGCUGAAGUCGCUACCAGAGCACAAACAUAUCUGGAAAGCAAUAUACAUAACUUGACAUCACCUGCUGCAUUGGCGGCUACGGUGUUGGCACUCGUUAUGGCCAGGAGUCCCAUAGUUCCUGAAGCACUGACAAUUUUAAGAAACGCAUCAACUACAGAAGAGGGUGAGUUUGGUUGGCCAGCUCCACGGAAAGAUGCCUCCGACUGGCUGCUUGAAGAAACUUCUAGAAACAUUAAGACUACGUCAUACGAAGCAGUAACAAUGGAGCAAUAUGUAGCCGGCGUACGAGUAUUACUAGCGGCUUGCGCACGCGGUGCUCUCGCUGAAGGCGAAGCUGCUGCAAGAUUCCUCUACUACCGAGCAUCAACUUUGCAAAGACAUCCGAGUCUGACUUAUAGCGCUACUAAAGCCGCCGCACAGUAUGCUGCUCUGGCUCAUGAUAGGCAUCGAGCGCUAACAGUAUCCCUAGCAACAGCAGGCAUGGAAUUGACGGAUACACUAGAGCUGAGAGCUAAGACACCGCCUCGUCCCCUUCAAUUGCCAGGGCUGCCUACUAAAGUAUUCGUUUAUGCUACCGGAGCUGGCUGCGCUACUGUUCAGGGCACCAUAACCUAUUCAACGUACACACCAAAGCCUGAGAACGCUCUGCUGAAUAUUCAAGCGGCUAUCAUCGAGGAAAUUCGUCCAGAGCGAAGCAGCAUUGAAGACUUGCAAGGAAUCCUACCUUCUCUUAUCAUUAAAACUUGCUUCAAAUGGAAGGGCAAGGAACGAUCCGGUAUCCUAAGACUAGAGUCUUCACUGUUCUCUGGUUAUGAACUGCAUUCUGUUAACCCAGUCGUCCUAGAUGGCGCUACUUUUGCUGACUUGCACUAUGGAUCUAGAGGAGAAUCUGUGUGGUUCGUCUUUGCUAAUAUAAGUUCUAUAUGUCCAGUCUGCGUAACCUACGAAGCACGUUCUAAAUUCGUCAUCACUAGUCUACGACCAGCAUUUGCUAAGAUUUAUCCAUCGUCUCGUCCCGAUCUGGCUGUAGAAACCUUCUUCCACGCAAGACCUGGAAGCCCACUCCUGAGAGGUAUCACUGACGAUGAUUUCAUCACUUGGUUUGAUAAAACUGAACUCGCAAGUCUUAAAAUUACAGCCAGCAUUGAUAACAUUUGUGAAUGUGGACGUAUUUGUAGUCGCGAUUAUGAAUUUAGAAAACCUGACGAUCAGACUGAGAGAAAUAUCGUAACCACGAAACCAACAACUGAGCCAACUACUACCGUGAAAGUAAAUGCAGAAACUACUACGUCAAAAAGUGAUAAUAUUACUAGAAAUUAUGCAAUAAACGAUAUUACCACUAGUGGAAAUUAUAUAUCAACUGCAGAGCCUGAUAGAACAACAAGCAAGCCAACUACCCAAAUAAUAAAAACGGUUAUUGGGAAAGAUAAUAUAGCUCAAUCUGAGACUAUCAGUAAACUUUUCAUAGACCAACUAUCUACCACUACAAGUGCUUUGGAAGAAACAACUAUUUUGGGAUUAGAUAUAACUUCUAAACAAGAAAUUAAACAAGAUAUCCCUGCUGCAGUUCCUAAAAAUAGUGGAAACUCUUCGAAGGUUGAACAAAAACAUACUGAUGAACCAAUUAUAGUGCCAACAGCAACAUAUAUCAAUCGAUCAAAUGAUGUCAAGAUAGAAAACAAGAUAUCUCCUAUUGUGCCGAAAUCAAGUGGUGAAUUAAUUGUACAAAAGAUACCUGUUUCUAAACUUGUGCCAAAAAAGGAAGAAAAUAAGAAGAAACAGCUACCGCGAAGGAAAGGUACACUGAAAGCCACUUAUGGAGAAAAGGAGAACAUGUUCCUAAAAACUAAAUCGACUAAUCAUACGGAACAAAACCCAGAAUCACAUAAAAUGAUACCUCAGGCUAAAGAAAUUUUACUGACUAAGCCCUUAGAAAUCGUAAAAACUAUUGAAAAGUCACAUUCGAUAAUAAAAUUAACCAAAAUUGACAAACCCGGAAAAGUUGUUAAAGACGAAAAACUAACUGCUAAAUCCGUAAAAGAGUUAAAAUCAGCAAACGCAGAGGAAGAAAUAAAAUCUGUUGGAAAACCAAAUAAGGACAAAACGCUAAAAGUAAUCGACAAAGUAACUCAAUCGCCAAUACAAAAUGUGUCCAAAAUAGAGAAUACACAUAUUACACUAGCAGAAACGUCCAUAUCACCACAUACAAUUGCUGCCAUAACUAAUAGUAAUAUAAAAAAUAUUCACUACAGGACAAAGAAACCUAAAGCCGCCACCCAAAUCAAAAAACCUUCCAUAGAAUACACAAACCAUUCUGAAACCAAGCACCAAGAACAACAGAACAACAAGAACGACAGUCACACUACCGUUAUUAAAAUUAAUAAGACGAAAAUGAAAAGUAUCAACCCAGAAAAAUAUGCUGCUAAAACUAUAAAAUCUAUAAACAAAGAGAUACAUAAAUUGCCACCGACACCUGUAUCUGAAACGUCAAAAACGUUAGCUGAGAUACCACGGUCUGAUAUAGCACCAGAAAACAAAGGUGGUUUUGAAAUAUUAGACAAAAACCGUCUGUGGGAGCUUCUCAAAGAAGGUUCGGAUGAAGAAGCGAAAUUAGACGAUAAGUUACAAGUUCACAAUAGAUUAAUUUUAGCACAAAAUAUGUCAAAGGAGAAUCGAUCCUUAUAAACCUUGUUAUGUAAUAUGUAAGACACAAAGUCGGUGAAUAUUUUUGUAAAUCUCCACUGCCUGUACCGAUUGUUCAAAUCCAACCGGGAAUGUGAUGUAGAAAAACAUCAGUAAAUCUUUGAAUGGAUUUUCAAGUCAAUAAUGCACAAUUUGCUUAUAAAACUCAAAAGUAAUCGUCAUGUACUUAAGUAAAGUGAUAAAAUCUCAGUGGCAAACUAAAGUACUUAAAACGCUUAUUAUUAAAAUGUAAGUCAGCAAAGGCUUGUCUGUAUAAAAGAACAAACUCGCUGUCGUGCAUGUACCAUACGAUUCUCUGUACAAUU